AUGCAAGCGCCAGCAGGAGGGCUGGCCAAGGGCAAAGCCAAAGACAGUGCGGCUGAAGACAGCUCGUCGCGCGUAGCACACACUCUGACGGCAUGCUCACGCUGUAGACAGCGCAAAACACGAUGCGACCCUGGCCUUCCGCGUUGCGGCCCCUGCGAGCGGACAAACUCGGUGUGCGAGUACUGGGACCCGGCAAAGGGCAAGAACGUCAAUCGCGACUAUGUCAUCUAUCUGCAACAGCGCGUGCACCAGCUCGAACUGGAGCUGGAAAAGACCGAGAACGACGAAGGACACGACGACCCCGAGGUCAUGGUGCGCAGCGGCGCUGGCGUCAAGCUGCAAGAACACGAUGAGACAAAGUACCUAGGGCCCUCGAGCGGCACCCAAAUCACCCGUCUAGUCAUGCAGCUGGCCAAACACUUCACCAACUCCAACUCGAUCAAGGAGAUUGUCAACGAGACCAAGGCCCGCCAGGUCAAAGCCCUGUAUGCCGAAGAGGCCACUAAGCCCACCUCCAAGAUCUACCCUCUGACCAGCCAUGUCGCUGCUGAGGAGCUACCCAACCGUAGCCUGACCCAACUCCUCGUCCAACUAUACAAUCUCAAGGUCCAGCCCAUGUACCCUGCCCUCCACGAGCCUUCGUUCGCAAAGGACGUCGAAGUCGUCUACAAUGGCAGUCCGGAUCCUUAUCAAAAUUACAUUGUUCGCAUGGUCAUUGCCAUCAGCUUGCAAAAGAUGGAUACCCAGUACGCUGGUCUUGCCGACAGUUACUACUUGGCCGCUCUUCAAUAUCUGGCCCCAGUCAUUCAGCCUAUGAACCUCAGGACCCUGCAAGCUUUUGCCCUGAUUGCCGAAUACUCUUUGCUGACUCCUACUCGCACUGCCAUCUAUUAUGUCAUGGGUCUCGCUGUCCGUCUCGCUCAAUCCUUGGGUAUCAACGAGGAGCGUACCAUCACUCGCACUUCCACUGGUGGCACCGCCGACUGUUUGGAAGUCGACAUGCGUCGUCGCCUCUUCUGGUGCACCUUUGUCAUGGAACUCGGUCUGUCGCACGCUUUGGGUCGUCCAUCUAUACUGGCUACCCAUCAAGACCACAUUGAUGUUGAGUUCUUUGAGGCUGUCAGCGACGAAUAUAUCACUCCCGAGGGUGUUCUCCCAGGCGCUCCUAGACCAAGUCUCAAGAAAUGGAUCGCCAUCCACUUCUUCAAAAUGCGCAUGUUGCAGCUCGAGAUUCGAAGGAAAUUGUAUCAGAAGAAGAGAGCUACUCCAAAGGACGACAAGGACAUCUGGUUCUUGCAGAUGAAUGCAAAGCUCGAAUCCUGGAGAGACGCCAGUCCCACCAAGGACGAGGGUAGCGGUCUCAACAAGGUCUGGUUCAUCGGCAGAUACAACACCAUGAUCGUCUUCCUAUACAGACCCUCCCCACAAGUACCCAACCCAUCGGUUUCGGCUGCGUUAAAGGUCUUCGAAGCUUGCCGCUACAACAUCUACCUCCAGCGAGAACAGAUAGCAAUGGGCAACGUUGAUCUGACCUGGAUCUUCACCCAAGCAAUCUUCAUGGCUAUCAAUGCUCUCUUGUGGUCGCUGUCAUUCGCCGAGGUGCGCAAGCAAAAUCCAAGACAGGACGUCCAAAAACACCUUCAGACUGCAAUGGAAGCCAUCAGACUCGGCUCCGAGCGUUGGCCAGGCGUCUUGUCAGCCAUUGAGCUUUACCACGAUCUGAUCUCGGCCAUCUUGAAGGCCUACGACAAAGAUGGCGAUAUCCCUCUUCAAGAAGCGACCCCCUCCGACAGCGCUUCUCCCGGCAAC